AUGCUGAAGUGUCAGCUGGCGGUGACGGCGCACGACGCGGACGGGCGGCUCCGUGACGCCACGUCGGUGCAGUCGCACGGCGCGCUCGACGACGUCUUUGGCGGGUACGAGGGCGAACUCGGAUGCGUCGUCGACGGCGCAGCCGGAAAUGUCCGGGUUUCGCUGUGGGCGCCCAACGCGAGGCGCGUGACGCUCCUGUUGCACCGCGGGCCGAGAGGGGGCGACGAUGAAUGCGUUCGGGUGGAGAUGCGGGAGGGCGAGCGCGACGGCGUGUGGCGCGCGUCGGUGGGAGCCGAGUGGGUGGGCGGGUAUUAUCGGUACGAGAUCGAGACGUAUCACCCGUGGGGCGGCGGCGCGCCGGACGGGGGCCUCGGUUCGAUCGUCACGAGCGUCGUCACCGAUCCGUACUCGCGGUCGCUCAGCGCGGACGGCGAGCGCACGCACGUGUGCGACGUGCGUAACGCGCCGGAGCUCAAACCCGCGGGGUGGGACUCGCUUCGCAAGCCGAAACCGCCGGGGGGCGGCGACGUGUUCGAGCCCACGGACAUGGCCAUCUACGAGCUUCACGUCAGGGACUUUUCCGCCCUGGACGAGUCCACGCCCGCGCAUGCGCGGGGCAAGUACGUCGCGUUCACGUGCGAGGGAACCACGCCGGUGAGGCACCUGGAAAAGCUCGCCAAGGCGGGUCUGACGCACGUGCACCUCCUGCCGUCGUACGAUUUCGGGUCGGUUCCGGAACGAGUCGAAAACCAGGCAAACGUCGACCACGGGUGGCUCGCGUCCCUUCCGUCCAACUCCGACGAGCAGCAGGCGGCGAUAUCGUCCAUCGCCAACGACGACGCGUUCAACUGGGGAUACGAUCCGGUGCACUACGGAGUCCCCGAGGGAUCUUACGCCACGGAUCCGGACGGCGGCGCGAGGAUCGUCGAGUAUCGCGCCAUGGUGGCGGGUUUGGCUAAGAUGGGCCUGCGAACCGUGUGCGACGUGGUGUACAAUCACACGCUGAGCGCGGGUCCGCACGACGGCAGGUCGGUGCUCGAUAAGUGCGUCCCCGGGUAUUACCACAGGCGAAACUUGGACGGAUUCUAUGAAAACUCCACGUGCUGCAACAACACCGCUUCGGAGAACAGCAUGAUGGAGCGUCUGAUCGUCGACGACCUGGUGCACUGGGCCGUGGAUUACAAGAUCGACGGGUUCAGGUUCGACCUGAUGGGCCACAUCAUGCUGAGGACCAUUUUAAGGGCGAGGGACGCGCUCGCGGCGCUCACGGUGGAAAAGGAGGGCGUCGACGGGCGGAGCAUCUACCUGUACGGCGAGGGUUGGGAUUACGCCGAGGUGGAACGCAAUCGCGUGGGAAAGAACGCGAGCCAGCUGAACUUGGCGGGGACCGGCGUCGGGUCCUUCAACGACAGGCUCCGCGAGGGCAUCAUGGGCGGCUCACCCUUUGGCGAUCCGCGCGUCCAAGGCGUCCUCACCGGGUUAUAUUUCGCCCCCAACGGGUUCAUCGACCAGGGCACGGCGGAUAACCAGAGGAACAGGGUCAUGGAGGACUGCGAGAAGGUCAUCGCGGCCAUGGCCGGAAACCUAAAGGAGUACCGGUUCGUGAACCGCAAGGGGUUCAGCACCCCGGGCAAGGAUGCCGCGUGGGUGGGGAGCAACGUCGGGUACGCGGCUGAGCCUCGCGAGACGGUCAACUACGUGAGCGCGCACGACAACGAGACCUUGUUCGACGGCAUCAUGCUGCGAAGCGCGCCGGACGUUCCCCUCGCCGUGCGGUGCAGGCUCAACCGCAUCGCCGUCGCCGUCGUCGCGUUCUCGCAGGGGGUCCCGUUCUUCCACGCCGGCGACGAGAUUCUCCGAUCCAAGUCCCUCGACCGGGAUUCGUACAACAGCGGCGACUGGUUCAACAGGCUGGACUACACCGGCGAGACGCACAAUUUCGGCAUCGGGCUCCCCGGACGCGACAAGAACGGCGAUCGGUACGGGUACAUCGGCCACCUGCUCGGGGAUUUGUCGCUGAGGCCCGGGGUGGACGAGAUUUCGAGGUCGGACGCUCACAUGCGCGAGUGCCUGGCAAUUCGAAGGUCGUCGCCGCUGUUUCGGCUCAGAACCGCCGCCGACGUCGAUCGAAGGGUCACGUUCUACAACGUCGGUCCAACGCAGGAACCCGGGGUGAUCGCGAUGAUGGUCAGGGACGCGCCGGGAGGCCACCCCGAACAGCUCUGCGAGAGGUUCCAGAAGGUGUUGGUCUGCGUCAACGUGACGGGCCACGCGGUGACGGUGAAGGAUGAGCAGCUCGGUUUGGACAUUUACGGGUGCUCCCUCGAGACACACCCGCUGCAGGGAAUGGUGUGCCCGGACGAGUACCUGGCGUCGGCGACGUGCGUUGGGGGGGCGCCGACGGUGCCGCCGCACUCGGUGGUCGUGUUUGUCGAGCGGCGAUGAUGA